AUGGUAAAGAUUUACUCACGCCAAGCAGCAGUUCCUAGUAAAUCUGCCAAACCCGUCCAAUAUAAGUUUUUAUCAUGAAUUAUUAGAUAUAUUGCUGAUUUGCAGAAUACUUACUUACAAUUGAUCAAGACGAAAUUGUCCCAUUCAGAGGAUACUAUGGCGGUGUUGGACUUCAUGUCCAGGUUAAACAAUGGGGAUACACUCAAGAACGCUGUCCAGAGAAGCCAUACAAAGUGAUUUUAUUAG